AUGAAGGGUUUUUCUGUUUCUAUUUAUUUGCUGUUAGCUCUAGGCCUUACUGUUCACCACGUCCUAUCCAGAUACACGAAGGAAUCUUCAGAGUUUAAUUUGGAUGGAGAUUUUUUGCUGGGUGGAUUGUUCAAUAUCCAUCUCGCCAACGGCACUAUUCUGGACAGACCAGAGGCUAUCGAUUGCUCUAGUCAGCCAAUUAACCGGGCCAAUUACCGGAGGUUUCAAGUGAUGAGGUUCACCAUAGAAGAAAUCAAUAACUCAACCGUCCUUCUUCCAAAUGUGAAACUUGGGUAUGAGAUAUUGGACCACUGCUCACCCAUUUACAACUUCCCUGGUGUAUUGGACCUCAUCUCAUUUAACGGAUCGAUCCGGUUCAGCUGGGAGGCAAGUGACUACAGGCCCUUGGGCAAGGUGAUGGGCGUGAUCGGUGCGUCUUCCAGCGCCGACAGUCUGGCAAUAGCACCGUUGUUCACGCUCAAAUUAAUUCCCUUGAUCAGUUACGCAGCCUCGAGUUCCGCCCUUUCAUUGAGAGCCAAAUAUCCAGCUUUCCUUCGCACAAUCGGUUCCAACAAAGAUUUGGUGGAUGUGAUUAUUCGGGUCUUGCAGCACUUCAAGUGGACGUGGGUCGCUCUCUUAUACAGCGAUGAGGCAUUUGGAAAAGAUGGUCUUGAAGUUUGCAUUCACGAAGUGGUACCCACGGAGAUAUGCCUGGCGUACAUCGCUGCAAUCGAUGAUAACACGAAUUUCCUCAAUGUAUUCCAACAAAUAGAUCUUCAGAACAUAUCUGUGAUUGUUGUUUAUUCUGUUCAACCGAAAGCGUUGGCCCUGAUUGAGGCGGCAGUAGUACAUAAUGUCACCAACAAAGUGUGGAUAGCGACAGACACUUGGUUCUUUAGCAAAAGUCUUACCAACCGAAGUGAAAUUGAAAGGAUUGGAACUAUAGUGGGAGUCUCUGAGAAAACCGCUAACCUUUCUGGUUUUGAAGACUUUAUAAAUUCAAAAAAUCAUAGUAAGCCCCAUAAUGUAACAGGAGAUUUUGUUUGCGAACAAGAUUGCAACUGUGACGAUAUUACGGGCAAAGACAUACUUGCGGAGGAAGCCUCUUAUAAUUUCCAAGUUUACACAGCUACAUAUGCCAUUGCACAGGCACUUCACAACGUGCUGGAAUGUGACAGGGGCAAGUGCAAGGUCAAUGGUACAGUGUACCCCUACAUGGUUCUAAAUGAAGUGAAGAAGACCAACUUGACGCUUCUUAAUAUGACUAUUCAGUUUAACGAGUUUGGUGGAUUGAAAUUCCCCAGUGUGAACAUAUUUGUCUUGGCUAAGGGCGUUAUCACGCAAGUGGGCUCUUAUGAAACCAAUCCCUCAGUCGUGUUGUCCAUUAACAGCAGCUUGAUUCAGUGGCACGCAAAUGGAACGGUACCUGAGUCAGUGUGCUCUCCUGAAUGUGAUGUUGGAUAUGCAAAAACACCAGAAGGAAUCCACAGAUGUUGCUUUACAUGUGAGAAAUGUAAAAAUGGAACUUAUCUGAACAUCACAGCCGACGCCUAUCGCUGCCAGGAAUGCUCCAUAUCUGAAUGGUCUUUGGCCGGAAGCACAUCCUGCCAGCUCCGCUCGGUGGAGUACAUCCCCUACUCGGACCCCAUGGCCAUCCUGAUCAUUGUUGGCGCCAUGAUUCUUGCGGCGCUCUCGCUGGCCAUCGCCGUCCUCUUCCUCGUCCACCACAACACGCCCGUGGUCAAGUCCGCCGGCGGCCUCAUGUGCUUUAUCAUCCUGGUCUCCCUCGCCCUGUGUACCAUCAGCAUCUUCUUCUACUUCGAAAAGCCGUCCACCGCCAGUUGCAUCCUGAGAUAUCUGCCCUUCAUAUUGUUCUACACCGCCUGUCUGGCGUGCUUCUGGGUUCACGCCUUCCAGAUCGUCUGCGCCUUCAAAAUGGCCGCCAAGUUCCCCAAGUUCUACAGUUUGUAUAUGAAGCACCACGGUCAGUGGUGGCUCAUCGCGCUGCCGGUCCUCCUGCAAGCGGUACUGCUGACGACCGGCUACGCCUCCAGCCCCCCCCAUCCGGUCAACCAGACCGACCUGUACCCGGACAAGAUCCUACUCGCUUGUGGAAUAGGUCAUUCUAUCCUCUUCUCCAUGUCGGCCAUCUUGCUCGCCUUCCUGGUAGUCCUCUGUUUCGCUUUGUCCUACAUGGGGAAAGACCUGCCCAAGAACUACAACGAGGCCAAGGCCAUCACCUUCUGCCUGCUGCUGCUCAUCCUCACCUGGGUAUUCUUCCUCACAGAGUACACCAUCUACCACGGCGAGUACAUCCAGACCCUCAACGCCCUGGCCGUGCUCUUCAGCCUAUACGCCAUCCUGGUCUGUUACUUCCUGCCCAAGUGCUACAUCAUCCUCUUCCAGCCCCAGAAUAACACGCCGCACUACUUCCAGGAACUUAUCCAGGAUUAUACCAAACAAAUCAGCAGCCAGUGAAGAGGGUCCCUCUUCAUUCGAAUUCGAAUACAGUCUAGAAUGUUUUUUGUAUGCUCUGUUUAUUGGCCCUAGGAACACUGUGUUGUUUGUGUAUAGAGGCUGUGAAUCAAUUGGAUGACAAAACUAGGAUUGCUUAAUUAACUAAUCAGUAAGAGAAUCAGAGGUAUCGACCUAAGCAGUAGCAUUACGGAUUUUGUAGUAUCGUGAGCAGGAAAAACGUUUCUAUAUUUAAAGGUUGGGUAGGUGAUUUGCGA